AGUGUGAGCACAGUGGAGAAUACAUGCCUAGCUGUUCCUCACCAAUAGUCUUUAAACAAGCAUGACAAGAACAAAUGGUAGAAUUGCUGUAAUUGUUUGUCCAUCAGAACAGAAGAGAAGAAGGUCUUGAACUUUUUCUUUGAGGAGGAGGAGGAGGAGGGAGAGAAUCUAUGUAUCUAUAUAUAUUAUUCUUUAAUUCUCUUCAUCCGUAUGCAUUUCCUCUGUUCUUCUCCUUCUCCAAGUCUCGACCACCUACCUCUUUCGCACUCUGUGUAACAAUGGGGACAGUACGGCGGCCGCCACCGCAGUAGCUGCUGUGGGUGCAGCAAAUGCUCCGACUGCUGCGACCGCCGCACGCUCCUCAUCGCCGCGCGGGCCGUCGGCGCCUUCGUCCUGGUCGUUCUUCUCAUCGUCGUCAUCGUAUGGCUCGUCCUCCGCCCCACCAAGCCCAGCUUCCACCUCAAGAACACCACCGUCUACAAGUUCAACCUCUCCCUUUCCGACAACAUCCUCUCCGCCGUGGUGCAGGCCACCGUUUCCUUCCACAACCCCGACGGCCGCGUCGGCGUCUGCUACGACGGCGGCGACGUCUACGCCACUUACCAGGACCUGCAAAUCACCCUACCCCCCCGCCAUCCCUCCGGUCUACCAUGGCCGCGACGACAUCGACGUCUGGUCCCCGGUCGGUCCAAGAAUGUCGCGAACCCAACCUGACCCGACCCUCCGGACUCUUUCACUGGGCCGGACCGCCUAAUGCGACGCGUGGAUCGAGCCAGCCACGGCGACAAAAUGAUUCAUGCCCAAUGUCUCACCUUCUUCAAAAGCAAAUUAAAGUGGGACCCACCUAGAGAUUCCCGCGCAUGAUCCAAUCACGGAAGCGGGUAGCCAAUGGUGUAAUUUUGAGUAUUGGUUCUUCUGCCCAGCACGACCGCUGCAUUUUUCUCUGCUCCCAAUCUCCGUCCACCGCCUCAUUCGAUCGGCUUGAAAUUAGGGCUGCAAAUCUCGGCUUCUGUUCCUCGACUCCCCCCAAGAUUUAUUUGCUUUUAACGAACAGAGAGAACACUUGACUGGUUACCAGCGAAGGAAGUCCAAUACCUCAAGUUUCGCAGCAAUCCGGGAGGAGGAGGCAUCGCCGGCCUCAUCAUCCCUCACCUCUUCAAAUUGUCAGGAAGCAUGAUAUGAUGUGGGUUCUUAAAGUCCAUCAAAUCAUAACACUAUACAUGUCGAAAGAUCCAUUUCUCUAAGGAACAGAUGAGAAUGGACAAAAUUGAUUGGAUUCAGACCUACUCAGCACAGAAUGGACUGGGACCUUGGAUUUGAAGAACCCAAGAAAUCAUGCAGUUUGGUACACAAAUUUAAUGUGCCAGCAUACUACCACUGAGUAGAGGGUUCUGCCCACACAGUGUUGGAUCAUGCCUCUCAUGGCUAUUCUUGACAACUGGUACUGCUGCAGUCCAUAUCACCUAACAAGUGGGCAUAUCAUGAAUCUAAAAACCGUUGGUCAUUCUGGAUAUUUCUUAGGGAUUGUUAUUAACUCUUCAAUUUAAAGAAUAAUAGAGUUAAGUAUGAGAUUACUUGUUACCUUUUGGUUUCAUUUUGGUUUCAGAACAUGGAUAUGCCUAGUUGAUGCUUUUUAAUGUACAAAGUUAACCUGUCUGAGUGUUGACGAUAGUUGGACACUAACAAAUACCUUAAAAGAGGGUUAAGAUUAAAGAUUUAGAGGAUGUCACAUCUGUUUCUUCACAGAUAGGAAUCGAUGUUGGUGUGCUUUUUUUCUAUCAAAAUGAUGUUUGCAUGAGCCUGGUGAGAAUUGCAUGACAAAAUAACUCACUUAUUUUUGGUAAUAACCUAAAAGGUCACUUGGCAUAUUUGGUUGCUCGACUUAAAGCUGCUCGGCCAUUCCUGACAGUGGUCGAUAGUCUUCUCAUUUGAUGCCACAAGACUGUCGCUAGCAAGGUAAGGCUACGUAACCCUCCGCAAUUUUGCACCUAUUUUAUUGGUUUGGGAGUGCGCCCAAUAGUGAUCGUGAUGAUACCUCCAGAUUUCUGAUAAGAGUUCAAUCAGCCUAAGUCACAUAGAGUUGUAUUAAGAUGAGCAUGCUGUUCUAUGUGAUAGGGAAGCUUUAGUUUUAAUGGUUUCAGUGAAGAGUUUUAUAUAUUCAUGAUGCUCAAGUCUUCUUCUGUUAAGUGAACUUUAGUCUUCUUGUUCUGUUUUAUGUAAGCUCCUUUUAGUGAUGAUUUUUGAAUGAUGCAUCAAAUGUUUGUCAGUAUUUCUGUCUGCUUAAUCUAGCGAGCUUUCCCUUUUAAUCACGUAAAAAGGGGAUCUAAUUGUCAUCAUUUGUUACAUUUAUGUCUUGCUCUUUUCCUGCUCCAGCAGAAUCAUAAUCUGGUAUCUCAUAAUGAGAAAUAAGCCUGCAAGGAAAGAAAAUAACAGCCAGGAAAUCUUGAAAUCCUUAUGCCAUGAAGCCACCUGGAACUGGACAUGGAUGAUCCAUAACUGGAAUAUAUGGUUAACUAGUUUAUCAUCUUUAUCAGUUGAUGAUGCGAGUAAUAACAUAGGUGUCUUCCCCCUGGUAGUUAAAAGACAAGUUAGAAAAGUAAUAUGUAGGUCCGAAGAUGGAAUAUGUUCUGGAAGAGUCUUUUUGACUACCUUCUUUUUUUCUUUUAUUUUCUUCUUCUGGUCACCCAACUACUAUGGCUCUCAUAGCCAGGAUCAUCACAUCAUGUUUACAGUAAUUCACUACAGGAGUGCCUGCUCUGUCAACAAUGUGGAUUGCUCAACUGCAAUGAAGGACAUCAGUACCCCAGCACUGAUGUCUCACUUCAAAAGAUUGGCAUACACUGUAGUAUCCCCUGACACAAUCUUGUCUAACAAGAUAUUGCUGAUUUAAGUUUCGAGGAAGCUGUUCUCCAUUCUGAGGCAACAGAGAAGAUUCUUGGAGUACGGAUCUGUAGGUUAUGGUAAGAGAGUCAGUAGUGAACUCUGGAUUUGAUUCCACUUGUUGGGUGCUGUCAAUGGGGGGUAAUAAGCAAGUUUAGUGAGUGGCACAGAAGACAAUGUGAUUGCAUUGUAAACCAAUUUGGGAGAGUUUUUAGCUAUGACCUCUUCUCUUAUUGAUCUUAUGCAAAUGUAAUCUUCAAAUGUUGAUGAAUAGUGUGUGGUUUAUUCCCAAAUAAUUUAGCAUUAUCUUCGGGA